AUGGCGAUAGCAGAGAAAUUUGCGGGAACCUGGACGUUUGUUAAUUCCGAGAAUUUCGAUGCUUAUCUGAAAGAAGUCGGUGUCGGUUUGCUAACACGAAAAAUGGCCGUGGCGAUGAAACCCACUUUGAUAUUUUCAGUAGAUGGUGAUAAAUGGAAGAUUGUUAGCGAGUCAACUUUUAAAACAUUAAGCACAUUCACUUUGGAGGGCGACAAACUAAUACAGAUUGAGAAAGCGAUUAAAUCAGAAGAUAAGGAUUCCAGGUUCGAGCGCUAUAUCGACGAAAACGGGCAGCUAAUUAUUGUAUGUUCAGAUACACUGAUGUUUCCUCCAUUUCAGAAUUAACA